ACGAUCGCUCUCUUCGGAAGGUCUUCUCGAGCAGAAAAAAUAAUCAUAAUAAACAUUGUGCAUAUCAUUGUGUGUUAAUUAGCUAUUCGAAGCAUGUCAAUGUGAAAAAAUAAAAAAAUCUAAAAAAAAAAUUAAAUGACAAUUUUAGCAAAAUAAAUCAAGAAUUUUAAUGGAAUUCAGCUAAAAAAGUGCUAAAGUGCUACGAAAACAGAAAAAAUUGAUCCCAUUCGUUAUUUAUUUUAUAUUAACAUAGAUAGACGAGGUUCCUCACUAAAACACUUAAUUUAAAUUAUUAACACAAAAAAAAAAAAUGAAUAGCAAAUUAUUUGUAUUACUAUGCGUGCUGUGCGCUGUGGCAGCUGUUCCCGUGCCAGCAGAUGAGCAACUUAAAUCGAUAGAACUGCUAAAAAUUCCGCUCAAAGGAGAUAAGGAAUUAGAUAUCCUAACGUUAGGCGACGAAGGUACAAUAAAAGAGAGAAAUAAGCGAACGAUCGGCGUCCUUCGUGAACUUUUCCCAGAACUGUCAAAGAUGAUUGAAAAAAAGAUUCAGGGAAUCGUUAGCGUCCUGUUCCGCACAAUAGGCCCAAUUUUGUUACGCGGCGGCGCCGGAGGAGGAGCUGCUGGUCCAACAACAACUUCCAGCUUGGAUGACGACUUCAGCGACGAAGAUGACGACGACACGAGCAGUUCAAGUUCCAGUUCAACAACGAGCGGCGGAAGGAAAGUAAAUGUACAGUUGCCGACAUUUGCGCCGUUUGAUGAUAGCGCCGAAGAUGCGAGCGAUGAUUCGAAAGUAACAACGUCUUCGGAUGCUCCGUCGAAAGUGAAUUUGCUCGAUGGCAGCAAUGCAAGCGGCGGCGGAUACAAUUACGAUGCGAAAUCUGUGACGUCUGACGAUGACUUCAAUUUGGUCCGAAAGAGAUUAUUCGAUAUCCAUAAAAAACAGGUGAUAGCCAAUGAAGGAAACGAAGAAGAGAGUCAAGGUGAAGCUGAUGCUGCUGGCAGUCAAAUUGAUCUGAUUCGGGUGGUUCGUGAAACCGCAGCGGCGGAAAAUGCGAUAGAUUCGAAGCCAGAAGCAAGCGAAAAUACGGAUCAGAAGGCGUCGGAGUCAAAAUCUCCCGCAAUCGAUGACUUGACGCUCGAUAGUGCGGAAGAUGAGGAGAAGAAUCAUGAUAAGAGAUUUUUGGACUUCAAUGGCGGCGGUAGCUCCGGAGGAAGCGGCGGAUCAGGCAACUUCUUAUUCGACAUCAUCAGAAGGACUGCUGAUCGAAGUGCACGAUUUGCAGGGAGAGUCUAUAGAGUAGUGGCAGGAACUGAAAGCCUAGAUGACAAUUUGCCAUCAUCUUCUGACCAAUUAGAUGACAAAACUGCUAGAACAGCUAGAACAAACAGCAAUGCGGAAUUAUCUUUGCUCGUUUCCGGAAGCAGUGGCACAGAAAAGACUGACGAAGAAGAAAAUGCUCCCGAUGACGAUAGCGACAGUGAAACAGGAAAAUCCGGAGAUGGAUAUACCGAAGGAAUUCCCGGCCCUGUCACGAGAUUGUUCGUUUUGGCAAACAGAGGUCUCUCGAAUUUGAUCCAAGAUUUGAUUUUGCGCGUUGCUCAAACAAGUGAAAGACUCGUCAACUUCAAAGCUCGCCUUAUCACGUCACUCAUUUAAAUUCGCAUUUAUGUUACCUUCAAUAUUAUGGCUUUUCUCAAAAAAAAAAAUCGAUACAACAAUGCUCA